GUUUUUCUUCUCCAGCGUUGAGAAGAAAUUGCAUCCUAACCUAAAGUUCUUGAGGGAUGAGUGCGGCAUUCCUGAAGAAAGGCUCUCUGUCGUCUUGAGAAGUCACCCACAAUUAAUCUCACAGAAACCAGAGUCACUCCGAGCUUUGGUUGCGAGAGCCGAUGAGCUGGGGAUGCCACGGCAAUCUCGGAUGUUCAUGUGGACACUUGUUGUUUUCCACAACGUAAGCAAAGAAAGGUUCGAGGCCAAGGUCGAGCUCAUGAGGAGCUUCGGGUGGUCGGAGUCGGAGUUUUCUUCUGCAGUCAGGAAAAAUCCCACCUUAUUAUGCAUCUCCCUCGAUAUGUUGCGCAGAAAAGUGGAAUUUUUUAUCAAUGUGGUCGAUUACACCCCUUCCUUCAUCGCCUCCCAUCCAAAUCUCUUGCUAUUGAGUCUGCAGAAGAGGGUAAUUCCUCGGUUUAGUGUUUUGGAGAUGUUGAAUACCAAAGGCUUGUGGACUCAACGAGGCAAGUUUUCGUACUAUGUGAAAUUAUCAAAUACAAAAUUCCGGGAGAAGAUUGUUCUACCUUACAAAGAAAAGGUUCCUGAGCUUCUUGAUAUUUUGAGAGCAGGAGCUGAGCAGUGAUUCGGCACCUUUUUCCUUGACAACAAGCUGUCUUACAUCAACCACCAGCCUUGGCUACUGAGGUGCAGUCCAGUGAAAGAAUUAUUCCUUUGGUGUCAUAUGGUAGUAAUGUUGUAAUUGGAAGGUCUAUGCAGUGCCCAACACAAAUGUCUUCCAGUUUUACUCAUUAAGGUUUAUGGAAAAGUCUGUUCUUUGUUGCAAAGCAGAAGUCCCUUGCCUGUUUGAAAUCUCUGAUCUAUGAAGGUAGAUUAUUCCCCUAUGGCUUCUCUAAAAUUCUAUUCAGGUGUGAGAUUCUUCUUAUGUGACAAGCUAGUUUAGCAUUGAUUAUAAACCGACUUUGUUUUGUCUUACUAAAUGUUUGCUCGAAUCAUUUUCUGA